AUGACCAUGACAUCUUUAACUUCCGCUAAAUUGUGCUUCCAGCCUUAUUUCCUUGUCAUCUUCUUGUAUGUUUCAUCACCAAAUUGGGUUGCUUUUCCUUCUGCUACUUCUACUUCUGAUGAUACUGAGGCAAAGGCUCUUCUCAAAUGGAAAGCCAGCUUAUUUCCAAAUCAAGCCCUCAAUAACCUCACUUGGUAUAACCCUCCCACUCAUAAUAUUAAUGCCACCAAUUCUUCCAGCACCAAUCGAAAACAAAGAACAAGCCCAUGCACUUGGACUGGUGUUUCGUGCAACUCAGCUGGAAGUGUCAGCAAGAUAAACCUUUCCACUUGUGGUAUUCAAGGUACGCUACAUGAGUUUUCAUUCUUGUCCUUCCCUAAUCUUGAAUAUCUUAACCUCAGCUCAAACAAACUCUUUGAUGCCAUCCCACCUCAAAUCAAGUAUCUCUCCAAACUCCACCAUCUUGAUCUCUCCGAAAAUCAGUUUUCCGGGAGAAUCCCACCAGAAAUCAGUCUCUUAAGAAAUCUUACCUAUCUUUAUCUCCAUGAUAAUAAACUUUCUGGUUUGAUUCCCAAGGAGAUAGGGAACUUGAAAUCUCUUGUAGAUCUAGAGUUGUUCUACAACAAUUUAAGUGGUCCCAUCCCUCCAAAUAUUGGUAACUUAAUAAACCUAAAAACUUUGUACUUGGAUGACAAUCAACUUUCUGGUUUGAUUCCCAAGGAGAUAGGGAACUUGAAAUCUCUUGUAGAUCUAUGGUUGUCCAGCAACAAUUUAAGUGGUCUCAUCCCUCCAAAUAUUGGUAACUUAAUAAAGCUAAACUAUUUGUGCUUGCAUUUCAAUCAACUUUCUGGUUUGAUUCCCAAUGAGAUAGGGAACUUGAAAUCUCUUGUAGAUCUAGAGUUGUCCUCCAACAAUUUAAGUGGUCCCAUCCCUCCAAAUAUUGGUAACUUAAUAAACCUAAACACUUUGUACUUGGAUGGCAAUCAACUUUCUGGUUUGAUUCCCAAGGAGAUAGGAAACUUGAAAUCUCUUGUAGAUCUAGAGUUGGCCUUCAACAAUUUAACUGGUCCCAUCCCUCCAAAUAUUGGUAACUUAGUAAACCUAAACAUUUUGUACUUGCAUUCCAAUCAACUUUCUGGUUUGAUUCCCAAGGAGAUAGGGAACUUGAAAUCUCUUGUAGAUCUAGAGUUGGCCUUCAACAAUUUAAGUGGUCUCAUACCUUCAAAUAUGGGUAACUUAGUAAACCUAAACACUUUGUACUUGCAUUCCAAUCAACUUUCUGGUUUUAUUCCCAAUGAGAUAGGGAACUUGAAAUCUCUUGUAGAUCUAGAGUUGGCCUAUAAUAAUUUAACUGGUCCCAUCCCUCCAAAUAUUGGUAACUUAAUAAAGCUAAAAACUUUGUACUUGCACGUCAAUCAACUUUCUGGUUUGAUUCCCAAGGAGAUAGGGAACUUGAAAUCCCUUGUAGAUCUAGAGUUAUCCUUCAACAAUAUAAGUGGUCCCAUCCCUCCAAAUAUUGGUAACUUAAUAAACCUAAACUAUUUGUACUUGAAUGACAAUCAACUUUCUGGUUUUAUUCCCAAGGAGAUAUGGAACUUGAAAUCUCUUGUACAUCUAAUGUUGUCUGACAACAAUUUAAAUGGUCUUAUCCCUCCAAAUAUUAGUAACUUAAUAAAGCUAAAGUAUUUGUACUUGAGUUCCAAUCAACUUUCUGGUUUGAUUCCCAAGGAGAUAGGGAACUUGAAAUCUCUUCAAGAUCUAAAGUUGCCCCACAACAAUUUAAAUGGUCUCAUCCCACCUGAGAUUGGCAACACAACCCAAAUUCAUGUGCUGGACCUUUCUUCAAAUAAUUUAGUUGGGUUGAUCCCAAAAGAAUUUGGGAAGUUAUCUUUGUUGGUGAAUUUGAUGUUGAAUGGAAAUCAACUUUCGGGUCGUAUACCGUCGGAAUUCGGAUCAUUGAAUGAUCUUGAAUAUCUUGACUUGUCAACAAAUAAAUUCAGUAACUCAAUUCCAAGCAUUCUAGGUGACUUGCUCAAAUUAUACCAUCUGAAUUUGAGCAACAACAAGUUAUCUCAAGCAAUUCCAUUUAAGUUGGGGAAGUUAGCUCAAUUGAAUGACCUGGAUUUAAGUCAUAACUCACUUGAAGGUAAGAUACCAUCAGAAAUGGGCAGUAUGCAGAGUUUGGUGACACUUGAUCUUUCCCACAACAAUCUUUCGGGUUCCAUACCAUCAAGUUUUGAAGAGUUGCAUGGCUUGUUGUACGUUAACAUAUCCUACAAUCACUUGGAAGGUCCCCUUCCCAACAUCAGUGCAUUUCGAGAAGCUCCGGCAGAAGGAUUGAAAGGGAACAAAGGAUUGUGUGGCAAAGUUGGAGCUCUGCUGCCACCCUGCAAUGCACAUGGCUCAAAAAAGGACCACAAGUUAAUAUUCUCUCUUCUAGCUGUAUUUGUAUUUGUAUCUGCUUUCUUUACAAUUGUCUAUGUAAUAGUGCAAAGAAAGAAGAAGCAUCAAGACACUAAACAAAUCCACAUGCAUGGAGAAAUUUCCUUUUCAGUUUUAAAUUUUGAUGGAAAAUCAAUGUAUGAGGAAAUCAUAAGGGCAACAAAAGAUUUUGAUUCCACAUAUUGCAUUGGGAAGGGAGGACAUGGAAGCGUCUACAAAGUGAAUUUGUCAGAUGGAGACGUAGUGGCCGUGAAGAAACUCCAUCCGCUAUGGGAUGGUAUGAUAGAAUUUCAAAAGGAGUUCUUGAAUGAAGUAAGGGCACUCACUGAGAUAAGACAUCGAAAUAUUGUGAAGCUUUAUGGUUUCUGUGCACAUAAACGACACUCAUUUUUGGUGUAUGAGUAUCUCGAAAGAGGUAGCUUGGCCACAAUGUUGAGCAAAAAUGAAGAAGCUAAAGAGUUGGGGUGGAGUAAAAGGGUGAAUAUUGUUAAAGGUGUAGCUCAUGCCUUGUUUUACAUGCACCACAAUUGCUUGCCACCGAUUGUACAUCGUGACAUCUCAAGCAAGAACAUUUUGUUGGAUUCUGAAUAUGAGGCAUGUGUUUCAGACUUUGGCACAGCUAAGUUUUUAAAUCCAGACUCAACUAAUUGGACUGCCGCUGCAGGCACAUAUGGCUACAUUGCACCAGAGCUUGCUUACACAAUGGAAGUGAAUGAGAACUGCGAUGUUUAUAGCUUUGGUGUAGUCACAUUGGAAAUAAUUAUGGGAAAGCAUCCUGGAGAUCUUUUGUCGUCUUUCUCAUCAGUCUCUUCAUCCUCCUCCUCCUCCUCCUCAUCAUCAUUGUCAGCAUUACCAGCCCAUCAAAUACCAAUUGUGGAUGUUUUGGACCAACGCAAUUCCCCUCCUACGCAUCAAGUUGCAAGCGAAGUGGUCUCUCUUAUGAAGAUAGCAUUUUCAUGCUUGAAUUCUAGCCCAAAAUCUCGUCCAACAAUGAAACAAGUUUCUCACUUCCUCUCAACUCAGAUGCUGCAUUUGUCGAAGCCGGUACAUAUGAUGACAUGUGGCGAAUUGCUUGCUCUUGGUCCUUUGGCUACCUGA